AUGACGACCAGAUAUCGAACUCACCGCCGCGACCAAUUCAUCGAGUGGAUCAAAGGCCUCCUAGCGGUCCCCUUCGUGCUGCUGUCCCAACCCACCAACAUCCACGAAGAUGACAAGCCUACCGUGGCUCAAAUGGCCCAGAACGCACAUGAACGGUACUCUCAGAUUAUGCGAGAUGUCGAAGGCCUCAUAGCGGACCACCUGGCGCAUACGAAGCGAGGUACAGAGUCGAGAUCGAAGCUCAAAUUGCUGGUUCCCACUGUUGGAACGUUCUUCACGGCACUUCCUAUGAAGGAUGCAUUCGAGUGGCAGGACCAACGGCGAUUCAUCUCAAGUCGGCGUUUCGUUGCGCCAAGUUUCAACGAUGUCAGAUUGAUUCUGAAUACAGCUCAAGCGAUGUCGCUAGUCAGGAACAGCAGAUUGGAGCUGAUGACGUUCGACGGAGAUGUCACCCUAUACGAUGAUGGAGAGUCUCUCACACCAGAGAACCCAUGCAUUCCUCGUAUCCUAGAUCUGAUGAAGAAGGGUGUGCGCAUAGGCAUAGUUACCGCAGCUGGGUACACAGAAGCUGAGAAGUACUACGAUCGGCUGUAUGGCCUCCUCGAUGCUCUUGCAGCAAAUGACAUACCACCCCACCAGCUGAUCGUCAUGGGUGGUGAAGCCAACUUCAUGUUCGCCUACGCACCGAAAGUCGAUUGCAAACUGGAGUAUGUGCCAGGCGAGCAGUGGAAAUUACCAGAGAUGCACAGCUGGACAGAAGAGAACGUCACAGCGUUACUGGACGUAGCAGAAGAUGCCCUCAAGCAGUGUAUCACUGCGCUCAGCAUGCCAGUGUCCGUGCUACGGAAGUCCCGCGCAGUCGGAAUAUACCCACCAAAGGGUGUGAAGUUGGCGCGCGAACAGCUCGAAGAGACCGUUCUCGUCGUGCAGCGCAUCCUCGAACUAUCGCUAGCCGGCCAGCUCCUUCCAUUCUGCGCCUUCAACGGCGGCAACGACGUCUUCGUCGACAUCGGAGACAAAUCCUGGGGCGUGAUGGCGUGUCAGAGGUACUUCGGCGGCAUCGACGGUGGGAAGAGUUUGCACGUUGGAGAUCAGUUUCUGAGUGCUGGAGCGAAUGACUUCAAGGCUCGUUUGGCGUGUACCACUGCGUGGAUCGCCAACCCCGGAGAAACAGUCGCGUUGCUCGAUGAGAUCCAGCAGUUGUCUGUAGCGAGAGGUCGCAGUCAUAGCCUCAACAGCGGUCCGUAG